CAGUUUGACGAAAGGAAGGAGGACGGAGCCGGGAGAAGUGAAUGGAUCAAUGCACAAAUGAAAGAAAGAAAGUGGCCCAGGGGAAAGACAGCUCCCUCCAUGAGAGAUAAGCGUUAUUCAAAACGCGAUGUACUCAUUAGAAUCCGUAGUGGGGACUGAAGUUGGCAACAAGAAGAGAAAAAGUGGACUUUGAAGUCGGGCUACUCCUUCUUUUGAGUUGGUUCUGGGAAGCAGUAAACUGUGCAGGGCUUCUCGUUUGAGCUUUUCUCGGCCAGUCCUGCGCUGGAAGGAGUACUUUCACCAGAGCGCAACAACUGUCGCCGAGAUGCAGGGAGUUUCAACAACUGAGCUCCCUCCCUCCAUCGUACAGACUAAGUGUGGGCCUGCGGACUCCCUAGUGCUUGGAAGGAUCGCUGUCCCCCCCCCCAGACCAUGUCACAGCCAUACGACCUGGAGGCACUGCUCCGAGCCUGCCACCCCAUCAAGGAGGCCCCCCGUACAAAAACCCCAAGUGCCUCCUAAACCCACUCACCUGCUUGGACAGGGGCCGGAUAAGAAGCGCAAGUGGAUUCCUCCUGCGCCAUCUCGACCCCUGCCUGCCACCCCGCCGAAGCCCAGCAAGACCCCCACCCCUCCGGGGAGGGGGGAGGAGAAGGAGUCCGUCAAAAGUGUCUGCCUCCUCAUUGAGAAAUUUGAAAAUUCCAGGGUGCCAAUACUUGGUGUUCACCGGAGAGCUCAGCUGCAUCUGUCCCUGAGCAUGGACACGGAGCCACCGGAGGCGCGGCUGGGGCUGAAGGACUCCAGCGACGCCUCCCUGGGAGAUAAACUUGCACUUAGCGUCUCAGAAAGGAUGGGAGACAUCACAGAACUCUCUGGGUUUGGCGCCCUGCGGAUCGACAGCGGCAGUGCCAGAAGUGCCGGGGACGAGAUCGUUGGAGGUGCUGGAGACGCUGACGGCACAGAGAGCUCCUGUGAGCUCAAUGACAAUCAGGCCGCGGAGCAGAAUGGGAAUGGAAAAAUUCCCAACAGGGACAGCGGGAUCGACAGCCCGUCCUGCACCGUGGAGGGAGAGGUCUUCCCCAACGAGGACGCCAUCGACGAGGAAGACCAGAGUGUGACAGAGACAGAGACGGAGCUGGAGAGCGAGGCCAGGGCCAGCAUUGCCAUGGGCAGUAAGAGGGACUCCACGCAGGACGAGGACAGUGACAUGGAUGAGAUCAGCAGUGGGGAGCAGGAGGGAGCAGAGGGGCCAAAGAGUGAGCAGUCCUCUGAGUCGUCCAAGUUCACAGAGUCCCAGAAACUGCUCAACAUUGCCAGGGAGCUCCUGCACACAGAAGAGGCCUACGUCAAGAGGCUCCACCUCCUGGACCAGGUAUUUUGCACUAAAUUAACAGGAGCCGGAAUUCCGCAGGAUGUGAUCACUGGAAUCUUCUCCAACAUUUCCUCCAUAUACUGCUUCCACGGCCAGUUCCUUCUGCCGGAGCUGAAGACGCGGAUCACCAAUGAGUGGAACUCCAACCCUCGUAUUGGGGACAUUCUCCAGAAGCUGGCCCCUUUCAUGAAGAUGUAUGGGGAAUAUGUGAAGAACUUUGACCGUGCUAUGGAUCUUGUCAACACGUGGACACAGCGGUCCUCUCAUUUUAAGGGCAUUGUUCAGAAUAUCCAGAAACAGGACGUGUGUGGGAACCUGACCCUGCAGCACCAUAUGCUGGAGCCGGUGCAGCGAAUCCCACGGUAUGAGCUGCUGCUCAAGGACUACCUGAAGAAACUGCCUGAGGAUGCGCUGGACAGGAAGGACGCAGAGAAGGCCCUGGAGCUCAUCUCCACUGCAGCCAACCACUCCAAUGCUGCCAUUAGGAAAAUGGAGAAGAUGCACAAGCUUCUGGAGGUAUACGAGAGACUCGGGGGAGAGGAGGACAUUGUGAAUCCAGCCAACGAGCUCAUUAAAGAGGGCCACAUCAAGAAGAUGUCAGCCAAGAACGGCACAGCCCAGGACAGAUAUCUGUAUCUGUUCAACAACAUGGUGCUGUACUGUAUGCCAAAGCUGAGGCUGAUGGGACAGAAGUUCAGUGUGAGAGAGAGGAUUGACAUCGCUGGCAUGGAGGUCCAAGAAAAAGUUAAGCACAACUUGCCUCAUACGUUUGCAAUCAUCGGGAAACAAAGGUCGCUUGAAUUACAGGCCAGGACUGAAGAGGAAAAGGGAGAUUGGAUUCAGGUAAUCCUGGCCACCAUUGAGAGGCACAAACAAAACAGCGAGACGUUCAACAAGGCCUUUAACAGCUCCUUCUCACGGGACGAGGACCAGCUGCCCGAGUCUCCGGGACCCUGGAGCAAUGUGUCCGUAGACUCAGAUGGAGGCAUACAUGAGCGCAAGAGCUCCAGGAAGAAGGAGCAGACGUGUAAAGUCUGCAACGAGAGCUUCCACUCAAUCACCAAGCGCCGGCACCACUGCAAGGCCUGCGGGGCGGCAAUCUGUGGGAAAUGCUCAGAGACAAAGAUCUCGGAUAACAAGACCAGCCGCGUGUGCCGGGACUGUUUCGCCGGGAUGGGGGGCCAGGGGCCGGAGGGGCCGGGGGCCGCAGGGGAGCCGAGGAAGAGAGCCGCGGUGGAGAAACAGAACUCCCUGGGAACAGAAAACUGCCUCUUCUGCAGCUAUCUCCACGUCCAGGAGAAGGGGAGGAGCUGGGCCAAAGCCUGGGUCGCGGUCACCAAGACUGAGCCGUUGGUGCUCUACCUGCAGACUAGCGGUCAGGAGGGGCGUGGAGCCCGGGCCAUCCCCUUGCUUGGGUGCGAGGUGAGCCUGCCUGCGGAGAAGCAGGAGAUGAGGAACGUCUUCAAGCUGAGCCACUCCCAGCAAGUGCUCCUGCUCAGUGCCCAGGACUGCGAUCUGCUGACCAAGUGGAUGGAGGUCCUCACCAGGGCGUCCAGGGGGGAGGCUGCCACAGAGACGCCAAUCUGCCCAGCUGAGUUCAGAAAGAGCCAAUAGCACAGUGCCGCUGAGGCCUUCGGACCCUCUGCCGCCCAUGUCCCUGCCCCCGCCCUGUGUACAGCACACAUUACUUGAAUUCACUUUACCUUGGCACUUUUUUUGUUUUUCCUCUUAAGGGACUCCUCCCCUCUGACCCACCCCAAACCCCCCCCCCCCCCCCUUAUCAUAUUUGUAUUUGUGGUUUUAUAUAUAUAAUUGUUCUCUGCUGUUUGUGGAGGAAAAUCUUUUGAAUCCUUUUUUGUAUUAUAGCAUAAGAUAACGUAGAAGGCAUUCAUUAAACUGUGGUUUUUAUUUGUUUUUCGCCCUUCUUCUCAGUUACCUGUAAAUUGUGCAACCGUUUGGUGAAGCAUUAACUCAUGCCUGUGUUUUUGCUCAUGCGUGUUUCAGUAUUGACUGUAAGUGGAUAAAGCUCUGCGUGUCCCGCCCCCUGUCCCACCCCAGUCAUCUCAGUGGCUGCUCUGUGAAGAAUGUACAGUGUGAAUAGUGUGUCAUUAGGAACUGAAACUCCAUUUUAAGUUAUGAUAUGUGAAAGUUUGUGGCUGGCCACUGGAUGCUCCCUCUGACACACCCCGACCCCGCCCCCUCUCUGCGUGACACCCCCUCUGAAUUAAGGGAGGCUCAUUCAUUUACCAUGGCUACUGCACCCUGAGGUAUGGUCUACUGGUCCAGUGAUUUAAAACCCAUAGCAAUGACAAGUACUGUACAUCACAAACCCAUGCCCCAGUAAUAAGAACAGUCUAGGUGUAGAGGAUCUACUGUACCUGCAUGGUAAUCCACGUAUUUAUGUGCCGUCCUUUCAAGCGGACUGGUUUGGAUUCUUGUUCUGAAUUGAAUUGUUGUAGAAAAUGGACAGAUUCAGUAUUACAUGUCUAACCAGGACCAUGCACAUGGAAAAGCAUACAGUGCAAGCAUAUCAUUAAUGCAAAUAAAGGCAGAUGGUUCACAAAAGGCAAUAUUUUAUUAUAUUUAUUCUUUUUAGUGUUUUCUUUUGGGAAAGUAUUUUUUUUGUAUUUAAUAGACUUUCAUAUUUUCACAUGUGUAAUUUGUCCUUCACAUAACUAAUCAAGAUACAAACUUUAAAGCUAGACAAAUUUUUUUUAAAAGAUCAGAACGAUUGACCUAGCAUUUCAGCUAAUAUCCUCAUUCUCUGCCCUAAUUUCAUUUAUAGUUCCUCCAGAUCAGGAGAACAUUGUGUCAUAUAUGUACUUGAAACGUAACAUUUUGGAUAAAGAAAAAAACAGGAAAAUUUCCCAGAAGAUUCUGCACAAUGACUAAUCAUUCAUCAUAAGUACAAUUGGUAUAAUCAAUUGCCUUUGAGCACUGUAGCAAUGAAUCUGGGAGAUUAAUCAACUAAAGCCCUGAUUAGUGAUUAAGCCACUAAAAAUCAACAGAUUUGUGAGUCAUUAUUUGGGACGUCUUUCAUGCUAAACACUUGAGCUCACUGAAUGUGGAAGUGCUCAUGGCAUGGUAAGUGCUGAUGCUGUGUGGAUAUCAACAGGACGUAUCCACAUUUUACCUUUCGGGCCGUGGCUCACAGUAUUUAUGGAGGGAAAUUCACCAUGCAUUAACUACCGAGGUAAUUUGAUUUUAAAAAACAAAUGAAAAAAUACGUCAUGUGCAUACAUCACAUCUUCAUCUGCAACAGAUUUCCCCCAUCCAUCUUCCCUAACCAAAACCCAUACCUGUGUUGUUUACAGUUGUGUUAUAUUUGGAUGAUGGCUCUGUUCAUAAUAAAUAAUAGCCUGGUGCAUUAGGGAACAGCUUUUUUCAGAUCCUCUUGCAGUCCUGUUAGAUGGGUGUGUGCUCAAUGGGACUAUCAGUCCUGGCAUUGAAAGCUUAUUCAAAGGCAUAGUUUCAAUGGCUUUUGAGGUUGUGAUGGCACUGCAUCUAAACACAACCUGCCUUCCUGCUUUUAUAAAUACAUAACUACAUUUUUUUUUUACAUCAAGGACAUGCCUAUUCUGAAUGAAAGGUUUUAUGUCAAAUGUGUAUUAAAAUGUGUUGCGGGGACCCAAGUGCGUCCUUAUAUGUCAA